AUAAAGCCGAUUGGAAUAAUAGAGUUCGGACAUCAUGAGGGAAGAUGAAACCAAACGUCCCUCUCCUCCUCCGCCUGGUCCUGCUCACCGUGUCGGGACUGACCCGAGCCCAAGUCGAGACCUCGCUCCUGGAUCUGUCCAUGAUCCUUCCCAGUCUCAGCCGACCAGCCAACCACAGCCGCAUCUUCUAUGCGGUGAUGUUUGACGCAGGGAGCACCGGGACGCGGAUCCACGUCUACACCUUCAUUCAGAGUGACUCAGAGCAGCUGCCGGUUUUGGACAAUGAGAUGUUCCAUUCCAUAAAGCCCGGCUUGUCAGCAUAUGCUGACUCCCCUGAAAUGGCCGGACAAACAGUGGCGCUGCUGUUGAAGGUGGCAAAGAAGACGGUUCCUCGUCUGGACUGGAAGAGGACUCCGCUGGUCCUCAGGGCCACAGCUGGACUUCGCCUCCUGCCUGCAGAGAAAGCCCAGACUCUCCUGGAUCAGGUUCAACAUGUGUUUGAUGAAUCUCCCUUUUUGGUCCCAGACAACAGCGUCAGCAUAAUGGACGGCACAAACGAAGGCAUCCUGGCUUGGCUUUCUUUGAACUUCCUGACAGGUCAUCUGAAUGCAGACGCCAAGAAGACGGUGGGYAUAUUGGAUUUGGGGGGAGGAUCCACUCAGAUCACUUUCCUGCCCAAACUGAAGAGGACCGCCGAGAGUGCUCCUGUUGCUGAUUUUGUUGCCAGAUUUGACUUCUUCAACUCGACAUUUGAGCUGUACUCUCACAGUUAUCUUGGAAAUGGAAUAAUGGCAGCACGACUCGCCACGUUGGGCGCUCUGGGUGCAGAAGAGUUGGAGUGGCAGGUUUUUAAAAGCUCCUGCCUGCCCAAUAAGUUCAGGGAUGAAUGGAGCUUUGGAGGACUCACCUACCAUGUGAGCGGAGACCCAGGAGGUCACGCAGGAUACAAGCUUUGUUAUCAGGAAGUACUCAAGGUGGUGAAGGGGAUUAUUCAUCAGCCUUACGAGCUUGAAGACGGCAAUGUUUUCUUUGCUUUCUCUUAUUACUUUGACAGAGCUGUGGAUGCGGGCCUUAUCGACGGAGUCCAGGGUGGAAUGCUGCAGGUCAGAGACUUCAAGAAGAGAGCUAAAGAGGUGUGCAAUAAAAUAACCAAAUACCCGCCCAUCAGUCCGUUUCUGUGUCUGGACCUGACCUACAUCACCUGUUUACUCAAGGAUGGCUUUGGCUUCAAGGACAGCACGGUGCUGCAGCUGACAAAGAAAGUGAACAAUGUCGAGGCUAGCUGGGCUCUCGGUGCCAUGUUGGACCACUUCCACAACCUGAAGAUCCACUGAGGAGCGGUGAAAAACAAAACAAAACCGAGGAUGAUUUAUGUGCUGCUCACCAAACAAACACAUGAUGUAACGUGUACUGUCUUUUCUAAACACCCCCAUACAUCAGCCAUUCGUUUAAAUAGACAGAAAUAAGCUCUAGUAAAUGUAAAUUUAUUAUUUUUUAAAAGCCAUUUCUCUCAAGUGGCAAUAUAUUCUGCUGUAAAUCUGCAAAGUGUUGCAUUAGCAAGAAGUGAAGCACUGCAGGCUGAAUGAAAGAUGUCAGGCAGAACUAACACAAUUACUGUAACGUAAGUGGAGCUGCUGUUUUCUUGAAACACAUGUUUUACUCAGGACUGAUAAACAAGAGCAGCCUGGCUUUGCUGUGCAAUAACCAGUGUUCCCACGCUGGGCUUUAGCGGUUUUUAAUCUCAAGCAUUGUUAGCGGAGUUACAGUACAUUUGUGUCUGGUACAUUUAAGUGUAACUGAUCAAAAUGAAACGGUUGUUUAUCAUGAGAAAAUGCACAUAAAACUUUUAGAAACUCUUUAA